AUGUGGCUGCUUGCUGAAGCGCUUGUUUCAGACUGGGGCCUAGGAGCUUACCCUAUGGGCAAGACAUGUCACAGCCCUGCACUUCAAGGCAACAAUUGCUGGAGCCACAGUACUGCCUUGAUUACCGAGAGCCGGCUAUGCAUCCAGACCCACGGCAAGUUUAACGGCCCUCAGGCUUGGUUGAGCCAGUCCUUCAUCGCGGCGUGCAGGACCGAUGGCCACGACUACUGCCUUGGUGGGAGCGGCCUGCUGGGCUUUCGAACGGUCUCGCGGUGGGGAGUCCCCACCGGUGGCCCGGAUUAUCGUGGAAACAUGCAGGCCGGGGUGCAGACCUGCUACCCACAAGUGCAGCCGCACGACACGCAAGUUCGCUGCCCGGGCGCUUGUUCUCCAUAUACCAGGUAUCCGCGGCCGCUGAGUCAAGACCUCUUUUACGUUCAAUACGAGCCCCGGCCGCUACAUCCCGUCGGCUCCCAGGUGCCCUACAUGGUGCAGAAGGCGCUCAUGACGGAGGGUCCAAUCCUAUUGGGGAUGCGAAUCUACCAGGACUUCUAUGCCUACCAGUCAGGUAUCUACAAGCCCGUGCGCAAGAGUUGGAACCUCUACAUGGGAGGACAUGCCGUCACAGGCAUGGGCUUCGGGCCCGGUUACAUCCUGGCCAUCAACUCCUGGAGUGAGUCCUGGGGCAUCAGAGGCGCUUUCCACGUGGCACCAGAUGCCAUCGAUUUCGGCUACUUCCUUCCCGGGCGACCCCUCGGCGCCAUGGGUGGCAGCCCCUACCCAAUGCCUUUGCCUAACUGGAGAUGA